AUGGAAGGAGGUUAUGGAUCUGUUCAACUGUUGCGGUGGACUGAAUGGCGGCUGUUUGUUAAAAUUGGGCGUUUAAGCAUAAGCAGGGGAGUAACUACCAACAGUAAACACAUCCAUGCCGAGAACUAUCAAACAGAAGCCAGUGCAAUACCUAGACUUCGAGUUCAGGCUGAGAGAUACGUAGUCCCGUUCUUCAAUAAUCCUUUCACCUUAGAAGAUAUGGGGCGUAAAACCUUCUACCCAACUACUGCUUUCUUUUGCUUGAUCUUCUAUUUUGCACCCUUAGCCAAAGGCCUACCUGAUUAUGGUUACCAUGAUAAGUUCGAUGGACGUCUUAGUUGCAAUUUCUAUGAUAAAUCUUGCCCUAACUUCCUCAUGUUAGUUAAGUGGGGUGUUUGGGCAGCGUUCAAGAAUGACACGAGAAUAGCUGCAUCCCUUCUUCGGCUGCAUUUUCAUGACUGUUUCGUAAUUUGUGAAUCUCUUAAACUGAGUAAUGUGAAACCAAACAUUAGAAAUGAAGAUUUUUCAAAUCAUGGAUGUGAUGGCUCUGUUCUUCUUGAUGAUACUCAAGAACUCAAGGGUGAGAAGAAUGCUUUACCCAACCGCAAUUCAGUUCGAGGAUUUGAAGUUAUUGACAGUAUAAAGGCAGAUGUACAAAAAUCCUGCUCAGCAAUUGUAUCUUGUGUUGGCAUAAUGACUCUUGCAGCUAGAGAAGCUGUUUCUUUGGUGAGUCACAUCGAUGACUUAUUUUACACGAAUUAUAUGCUACUAGACAAGAUGGUUCAUCACGAUAUUGAAGCAGAUAAAGGUUGUGGGUUCAAGUCUCUCUGCCACCCAUUUAUGAAAAUUGACUUUUCAGGAGGGCCUUAUUUGCCUGUUGCUUUAGGCAGGCAAGAUGGAUUAACUGCAACCAAGGGUCUUGAUUUGAAGGAUACUGUAGUUCUUUCUGGCACUUCUUACUUUCUGUUUCCUUGUAAUACCAAGAAAAAGAAGAUUACCUGUCACUUCAAAUAUCGUUAUUUAGAUGCUAAAACAAUUUUGGGAAAAAUGGAGCAAAUACUAUUGGUUUUGCUCAAUGCUUCACUUUCAAGAGGAGGCUCUGGAAAGCCAGAUCCUACGCUCGAUUCUUCAUUUCUCUUGAACUUGCAGAGCACUUGUUCUGAUGCUGAUGCAUCAAACAGCAAGCUUGCUCCUCUCGACUCGCAGAGCAUCUACAGGUUUGAUAACAUGUACUAUAAGAACCUGCUGAACAACACAGGCCUUCUUGAAUCUGAUCAAGCUUUAAUUGGAGAUCCAAAGGCUGCUGCAAUGGUCAAGGACUAUAGUAUGGAUCCAUUUCUCCAUUCAAAAGAUUUUGCAGCAUCAAUGGUAAAGCUUGGAAAUAUUGUCUGGGGAGAUUCAAAAAAAAUGUCGCUUCAUAAACUAGUUUGCAUAAGAAAUGCUUUUCAUCUUUCCAUCAAAAAUAAUCGUGGCGUCUAUGAUAAGGCAUGUGAGACACUACUAGAAAAUAAUAAUAAAGAAAAAUAGUUAAUAUCUUAUUCAUUUUACUGACAGACGCCGUUCAGUAUAGUGUACCAAACAUGUCAUUGAUGUGUUAUCAUUAAGGGGACUAUAAUGGUCCUUACUCAGCGCUUUUGGAAGAAAUAUUAUCCUUGAUAAUUGGAU